AUGGCAGUCAUCCAUGCUCGCGGUGCAACCAAGAAGGCCAAGAAGCACCAGCCUAUCCUGCAAGUAACUUUCCGCGCCAUUGUCCUAAUACCACAGGCUAACAUAUCCAGCUUCGGUGGUAGACUCCUUCGCCUCCGCGUAGGUCCACAACGUCGUACAGUCUCGGUUCAUGAAGAUAUGCUAUGCAAGCGGUCCAAAGUCUUCAAGGACCGAUUCCAGCCUGAACGAAAAGACGUCGAAGGCGAAUGCGUCAUCUGCCAGGAAGGCCUCGAUCCCAUGGUCAAGACCCUCACCUACUGUAAGAGCUGUGGAAAUAACCUGCAUGAAGACUGCAUGGAAGAGUGGUCCGGUACAAACAGUACCUGCCCCAUGUGUCGCGCGGAGUGGGUCAUGCCGCCUUUCCUCAACAGUGUCGAUCUCGAGGAUACAAAUGCCAAUGACUUUGACAUGUACGUUCAGUGGCUCUAUGGACACACUUUCCCGAAAUACGCAACAGAAGACAGAGACGACGGAGACGACGGAGACGAAGUAGACCACUUCGUCCGACUGUACGGUGCGUAUUUCGUGGCGGCGGAUUACCAAGACGACGAGUUCCUACAAGCCGUGCGCGAGGAAAUCAUCCAUUGCAGUCUACGGAUGACGGUCGACUCUCGCUAUGCAGAAUUCGCUCAGGUGUUGAGGAACUCGGUUGGACCCGGCUAUGCUAUCCGAUUCGUCGUCGAUUUGUUCACUCUUCGAUACAUCCAGAAACAUCAACUCGACGACACCGAUGACGAUGACGAUGACGAUGACGAUGAAAACCCGAUGACUAAUAUCAAAAUCUCCAAGAGACUUCUCAGAUGUUUACUCGAGACGGCGAAACCUCAGAGCGAGGAGAACGACGAGUAUGUCUGGAGCGUCAUGCGCGCUUGUGGACACAUCGAGUAG